AUGCUCGCCCAGGGCCAUUCUAGCGUGUCUGCUGCAGAUGCAUCUCGUUCGCUUUCUUCUGGCUGGCUCCAGCUUGCGUUUGGCAAGUCUGCAGCUGCAUGCGCUGGCAAAGUUUGGCAGUCUCCGGCUCCCAUCUGGCCCCAGCUUGCGUGUGGCAAGCUUGCGGAUGCAUGUGCGGGCAAAUCCGCCUUCCGGAAUCUGGGGGCCAAUCGUGCUCUUACUGCUUCCCUGCCGAUGCGUCCUCCUGGAUGCAUGGCCGUGUGCUGUGGAGGACGAUCAAUGGAGAGGCAGCCUGCUGCCAAAUAA